GGGUUUGACACCAGCUGAGGCGGAUCUCCAACAUGAUUACAGCACACACAGGGCUGGAACAUAAUUGAUGACCUAAUUGCAAAACAGGGGAACGACCGCGGAGACGCGCUCCACUGAAAAAGUUUACUUGUUCUCCCACCAGAUUCCCCAACCAAACGCAAUUGAUGUGAGCAGAGGUGCAUACGAGCACUUCUUUCCCACUGUCGCACCUUCACACUGCACUUAUCCACCUUAAGUUUAUUUUAAUGAAUGAUUAUCUCUCGCAAUACAUCUUUGGAUACUUUGGCUACACCACGAACUCACCUCGGCACAUCUUUCUUGAAGUCUAAACGCAACCAAUACUUCUUCAACCACAAGCGCACUUGGAAAAUACUCUGAACUUCACAUUUCUUCUCUAACUGACGCUGAAGUAAACCUCAACAUGUCUAUCACAAGUCUGAAGUCUGAUUCCGAGACGAAUAACGUUUCCAUAGAAGAGGAGGUACGAACACUUUUUGUUAGUGGCCUGCCGGUGGAUAUCAAACCUCGUGAACUGUACCUGCUGUUCAGACCAUUUAAGGGUUAUGAGGGUUCACUGAUUAAGUUGACAUCAAAACAGCCAGUUGGGUUUGUCACCUUUGACAAUCGGACUGGAGCCGAAGCUGCCAAAAACGCACUAAACGGCAUCCGUUUUGACCCCGAGUGCCCCCAGACCCUGCGCUUAGAGUUUGCUAAAGCCAACACGAAGAUGGCAAAGAGUAAGCUGAUGGGCACACCGAAUCCCACUAAUAUCCACCCUGCUCUAGGAGCUCACUUCAUUGCACGGGACCCAUAUGACUUGACGGGGGCGGCAUUGAUUCCAGCGUCCCCGGACACGUGGACCCCGUACCCCCUGUACACCACGGAGCUGACCCCCGGGCUCCCUCACGGCGCCUUCGCCUAUCCUGCAGCGGCUGCUGCUGCUGCAGCCCUCCACGCCCAGAUGCGCUGGUACCCUACUCCAUCUGAAACUAACCAGCCAGGAUGGAAGUCCCGGCAGUUCUGUUAAAUAUAUAAUGUAUUUUGGGAACCAUACCUUCUCCGUCCAGUUGAAGGGAGGUUUAACUGAGCUCGUCAUUAAUUUAAUCAGGUUUAUUUAAUGGACAAAUGUGCAUUACAGACCUAUUCAUGUUCUCUGGAGGGGUCUGAACUGACAACCUUGCCAUCGACAGAUUGAGCUGAUUUCCUUUUGGCAACUAUUCCGGUACCAUCUUAGCACUUCCAAACCUCACGUGAGCCAAGUAAACGCCAUAGCAAAUAAUGACCUGAAGAGAAUAACCUUCUGAAGAAGUUAUACAUUAUAAAGCAACUCCUUGGGUUAUGGCCUAGAGAGCUAAGAGUUCAGUCAUUGCAUGUUGAAGUAUUUUUGGCAUGAAUUAGAAAGCAGAGUUCUGUGUCCUUGUUUUUCUUAGUGAUUGUGUUGCUUCUUUAUCUGGACCUAAAGUCUAGACAAUGAAUCCCCUUUGCUUCCUGUGUAUUCCUGGUCUUACCUGUGAAAGAUGGACUGUUGUGUAGAUGGCUCCUCUUGCAUGGACCUUGUAGAAUGCACCCCUAGGUUCUGACAAUCCCAGUCUCUCCCAAAAUAUCAAUGUCUAUAAAGAGUAUAUUUGAGCAAAUGCAAAGUACAACUAUUUUUGUACUUCUGUUUAAUGUAUAUUUAUGCGUUUUGUGCUACUAAAUAAUGAACGUGUGUUUGUUUAGGAGUAUUUUGUGUUUUGGUGUUUUGAUCUAUAAUCCUGUAAGUACUUAAAAAAAAAAGUGCAAUUGUAUUUGAGGGUCUACUGAAAUAUUGAAGAAUUCUAACAGUGGCCCAUGUGCCAUUUGGACUGCUAAGAAAUUGAUUGCUGUAAAAUGUUGAUUAUUCAGAAUGUGAAACUGGACUACAAACAUGAAGGGGUUGCUUUUGGAAGCCAUUUUUUUUAAUGGUUUAGCAGGAUUAGGUGGAUGGAGAAAUUUAAGUUUGCAGUUUAGAAUAAGUUUGUCUCUGUAUCUGCUGAACAUGAGAUGUACAACUGUUCCCAUUUUAUGAAUUAAACAAAGUGAAUGCAA